AUGGCCGACCUCGCGCUCGAGGAGAAGCUCGACGCGCUCGACCCCCUCCGCCAUCUGCGCGAGGACGACUCCGACGAGGACGGCGCGGGUAUCGUCGCCCCCCAGCCGCCCUCCAUCCGCAAUCAAUCCGUCGAGCUCGUCUUCCAUACUUCACACGACACCAAGACUGACGUCGGACCCGGCGCAUUCACGAUUGCUCUCGCCGUCGACGCCUCCCCGGGAUGCGGUGGCAUCGCGUGGCCGGCGGGUGAGGUACUCUCGGCGUACAUUGCACACAGGGGCGCGCUAGAAGGCAAGGUCGUUGUAGAGCUCGGCAGUGGUACAGGCCUAGUCGGCCUCGUCGCCGGGAGGCUCGGCGCGCAAGUCUGGAUCACUGACCAAGCACCGCUCCUGCCCAUCAUGCACCAAAACGUUGCGCUCAACAAUUUGCAGGCUUCUGUGACCGUUGCGGAGCUGAACUGGGGCGAGCCCUUGCCCGCCGAGAUCCCAAGACCUGACGUGAUCCUCGCUGCAGACUGCGUCUACUUUGAGCCCGCUUUCCCGCUCCUCGUUCAAACGCUCGCGGCGCUAGUGUCCGAUCGCUCGACGGAGGUCUUGUUUUGCUACAAGAAGCGCAGAAAGGCGAGUCUCGUUUUGUUUUUCUAUCGAUUGGACGACUAUCCACGGCUUCUUGCGCUGCGCGGCACCGCGUCACAGACGAUCACCGUCGGGGGCAGUAACGCGGACAAGCGUUUCUUCACCUUGCUGAAGAAAGAGUUUACGUGGGAAGAUGUCGGCGACGAUCCGCAGCGAGAUGUCUAUACACGCGAGGCCAUCUCACUAUUAUACUUGUUUCGCAAAUGA